GUCACCCACUCUCUCUCUCUUUCACUCUCACUCUCUCUCUCUCUCUCUCUCUCUCUCUCUCUUCUGUUUCAUCAUUCUCCGGUUUAAUGGAAUCGUGUUUAAAAAGCCACUAAUUUUAGUAAAUUAAAAUUAUAUAAUAAUUCCCAAGAAGACUAGCAGUAGUACAAAGUACGAAACAUCUUGAAAACACCGUUAAUAAUCACACUCUGCUUUAUAGGGUUUCUCUCUCUCCGUUCCUGCUUUUUACUGCCCAGUUCGUUGUCUAGGGUUUCGAACCAGCCAAUUUAGCUCAAUUCUGGACCCCAAAUCGGGCUUAGGUAGAUUUGGUAGUUGUUCUAGGUUUCAAGCGAGUCUUUUUUCUUUCUUUCUUUAUGUGAUUGAAGUAAAGGUGAUUACUCUGGUUUAGGGUUCUGUUAUGAUUGAGAUCGGGGAAAAAGGAGAGAUCUUGAGUGUUUUUGGGAGCAUUGAGUGAAUUUUAUGUGGUUAGGUUUAAUCGCAGAAGAUCGAGCAUUGGUGUAAUGUUGGAAAAGUUAUACUACUACAGACACGAGGACCAAAUACCGUCUCAGAUAUGCAUUUCGCAAAGCUCGACGAUUCUCCCAUGUUCCGCAAGCAGAUACAAUGCUUGGAGGAAAGUGCUGAAUUCUUGGGGGAAAGAAGUUUAAAAUUUUAUAAAGGAUGUCGGAAAUACACUGAAGGGCUUGGCGAGGGAUAUGACGGGGACAUUGCUUUUGCCAGCGCCCUCGAAACUUUUGGUGGAGGUCAUAAUGAUCCAAUUAGUGUUGCUUUUGGAGGCCCUGUUAUGACAAAAUUUACUAUUGCAUUGAGGGAAAUAGGGACAUAUAAGGAAGUUCUUAGAUCCCAGGUUGAACACAUGCUGAAUGACAGGUUGCUACAAUUUGUCAAUAUAGAUUUACAUGAUGUGAAGGAAGCACGGAAGCAUUUUGACAAGGCAAGCCUUCUUUAUGACCAGGCUCGUGAGAAGUUUCUAUCGCUAAGGAAAGGAACAAAGAAUCAUAUAGCUACAGUUCUGGAGGAGGAGCUUCACCAUGCAAGGUCUACUUUUGAGCAAGCUCGCUUUAACCUGGUAACUGCUCUUUCAAAUGUGGAAGCAAAAAAGAGGUUUGAGUUUUUGGAAGCAGUUAGUGGUACGAUGGAUGCUCAUCUCCGUUACUUCAAACAGGGGUAUGAGCUGUUGCAUCAGAUGGAACCAUACAUCAAUCAGGUCUUGACUUAUGCACGACAAUCAAGAGAAAGGUCCAACUAUGAGCAGGCAGCUCUUAACGAGAGAAUGCAAGAGUACAAAAGGCAGGUUGAUCGAGAAAGCAGGUUGUCUUCAAAUGGUUCUCAUGGAUCUCCUAAUGGGGGGGAUGGCAUACAAGCAAUUGGUAGAAGUUCACAUAAAAUGAUAGAAGCGGUCAUGCAAUCUGCUGGAAAGGGAAAGGUUCAAACUAUUCGACAAGGUUAUCUCUCAAAACGUUCGUCAAACCUGAGAGGUGACUGGAAAAGAAGGUUUUUUGUCCUUGAUAGUAGGGGAAUGCUGUACUACUAUCGCAAACAAUGCAGCAAACCAUCUGGAUCUGGCAGUCAACAUUCUGGUCAGAGGAAUAGUUCUGAACUUGGUUCUGGAUUGCUGAGUCGCUGGCUUUCUUCUCAUUAUCAUGGGGGAGUACACGAUGAGAAAUCCGUUGCUCAUCACACCGUGAACCUGCUGACAUCGACAAUAAAAGUUGAUGCCGACCAGUCGGAUCUGAGGUUUUGCUUCAGGAUUAUAUCACCAACAAAGAAUUACACCUUGCAGGCAGAAAGUGCCCUGGAUCAAAUGGACUGGAUUGAGAAGAUAACUGGGGUCAUCGCUUCACUACUGAGUUCGCAGACUCCUGAGAGGUGUUUGCUGGCUAGUCCCAUGGGAAGUGGUCAUCAUCGAUCUGGCAGUGAGAGUAGUUCAUUUGAGAGUUCUGAUUUUGAUCAUGCACCAGUUGAAGAAUACACAUCCGAGAGGCUUGGCUUUGGACAUCAUGAACGGGCAUUGAGAAGUUCACAACAACGUACCUCUGUGAAAAUUGAGAAGCCGAUUGAUGUGCUACGAAAAGUAUGUGGUAACGAUAGAUGUGCUGAUUGUGGUGCUCCUGAACCCGAUUGGGCAUCCUUAAAUCUUGGUGUUCUUGUCUGCAUCGAAUGUUCUGGUGUUCACCGGAACCUGGGUGUGCACAUAUCAAAGGUAAGGUCACUGACACUUGAUGUUAAAGUUUGGGAACCUUCUGUGAUAAGUAUGUUCCAGUCAUUGGGCAAUACCUUUGCUAACUCAGUAUGGGAGGAGCACUUGCAAUCAAGAAGUGGAUUUCAGGUUGAUCUUGUCCCUACAGGCUUGUACAAGUCUGACAAGCCACAGAUGCUUUUUAUUGGGAAGCCUAGUCAUUCUGAUUCUAUUUCAGUAAAGGAGAAAUUCAUUCAUGCAAAGUAUGCAGACAAACUUUUUGUUCGGAAGCCCAGGGACAAUCAUACAGUGGCACAACAGAUCUGGGAGGCCGUUCGUGGUAAUGACAAGAAAUCUGUAUAUCGGCUCAUUGUAAACUCUGAAGCAAAUGUAAACUCUGUCCAUGAGCAAGUGUCAUCCAAAUCUUUAACCCUUGCCAAAGCGAUGCUGCUGCAAGAGCCGACAAGCCUCGAUCAAAGCUCUGGAAUCUUAGCUGGGGAUUCACCAGCACGGUCCUUGAACGCUUCAAACUUAGCAGCAGGUACAAGUGAAAGCCAUUCAAUGGAGGAUCUUGAGGGGUGCUCCUUGCUUCAUGUGGCUUGUGAAACUGCUGACAUUGGCAUGCUGGAGCUCCUCCUACAGUAUGGUGCAAACAUAAAUGCUUCUGAUGCAAGAGGUCAAACACCACUUCAUCACUGUAUUCGUGGAGGCAAAGCUACACUGGUCAAGAUGCUUCUUACAAGGGGGGCAGAUCCAUAUGCUGUCAACGGAGAAGGUAAAACCCCUGUCGAGCUUUCAAUGGAGUCAAAUGUUGAGGAAAUGAGGUCCUUGUUCUAUUAUCGGCUCCAAUUGGAUAGUAAUCUUGAAAAGGAUUUGCUUCAAGGGCUUUAACAUUUGAAGCUCGGUAGCCUCACUUCGGAAAGGAGUUAAGGCGCCAUUUUUUUUGGGUCGUAAUUAUUUUUAUAAAAAGUACCUGUAGAUUUGAACUCUUGUGCAUUUAGAUGCAAAUUUGUGCUUAUGACUCUAUAGUUAAAGAUGGCCCCAGCUGUUCUUGAGGUGAGAGCUGCUGGAAGCAUUUAGCCUAGGGGCUGUGGUAAUGUUAAUGGUGGUGUUUUGUCUAUUUUGUAUGGUUCGUCCAUUGAUUUCGGAAUUUGAGGGCGUGUUUGUUUGUACAUUAUUUGGUCGAUUUGUCUUUUCGAAGGGGAAUUAAUACAUUAUUUGUAAGUUAUUAUGCUUAGAUUAAAGCAAGAAAAGUUGUUUUGGAAUAUCA